AUGGCGGCCAAAACUACCCGAAAGGAGGUGAAUGAUGAAUUGGAUUUUUUAUCCUCAAAGUUCGAUCCAUUUAAAGCUCUGUACACCAAAGACCUUCAACCACCCGUCCCUAACAUAAAAGUAUUCAAUAAUUUGGUCGAAUAUGCGAUUGCAAUCAAGGAAGGAAAGACGAAGACAACCACAGUCUCUAGGGAGAAUAGAGCGAAAAGUGUGAAAUCUUUAGCAUCACAGACUGCCUCUAGAACGAAAAAUCUUAAACCGGAGUACAAACCAGCUGAGAAGGAAGGUCUGCAAGAAAGACUUAAGGCAAUUGCUGAAUCAAAAGCAUUUAUCGCUAAGAACAGAAAAACUGAGAUAAAGAUUGGUGGACGAGUGGAAGACGCAAAACUGCACGAAUUUAUGCUGGCCGAGGAAACAUAUAAAGCACAACAACGAAAGAAGAAGCGAGUGGAUGUGAUACAAAAAAUGGAAGAUCUUAGUCAAGGACCUUUCAGAAUACUUCACACUUGUCUUACUGAGAGGCGCAAAAUAAAAGUUUGGACAAGGAGAUACAAAGGACUGCGCAGUGUCUUGGCUGGAUACCUUAUUGCUUUUGACAAACACAUGAAUCUUGCUCUAUUCGAUGUGGAUGAGGUGUACACCCUAGAGGAUAGUGUCGAACGGCAAAUGUCUCCCGAAACAACAAAAAAGAAGAAAAAGAAGAAAAGGAUAGCUUCGCUACUUGAAAAUGAAGAAGCAAAAGAAAUGAGGAAAAGUGAAUCCGCUGACAACAAUUCCUCUUUAAUGCCGUCACGUGAGCUGGAAGAAGUAGUUACCAUGAACACUAUUGGCGAUGCUGCCAAUGAAGUGUUUGUUAGUGAUAAUCAGGUCGGCACGAAGACUGUCCUGCCUUGUACACAUAUUAAGCCUCGGUUACCUUCCUCCGAUUCUAAUGAAUCCAUCUUUGGAGACUAUAGCAAUACAGGUCAUUCUAGUUACGGUAAUUCUAAAGACGGUUAUGAAGAUUCCUCGUCACCUUCAGCAAAAGCCCUGAGUAUAGCUUUACAAGCUCCUUUUUUUCAUCGUGUUGAUCAUGCUCACCAAUCUCCUCUCAGAACUGAAGAUGAACAUUCUGUUUGUAGAGAAUCUGAAGAUACAAAAGAUUCUAAAGGAAUCGAUGAUCCAGUAUCAAAGAGGACUUCUGAUUUUCGAAUGGUAAAAUUCCCGACAAGAAAUUUGUCUCGUGUUAGUGUCUGUGACAAUGGUAACAGAAAGAACGUUCAGAUUGGUAGCGCGGAAGAACUCACACAGACUCGCCAUCCUGAAUUCAUAAUAGAAGUAAGUCGGGGGACAGUAAAGGAGGACUGCCUUUUGUAUUGUACCGACGGAGAGGAACGAAUUGAUAGGACUGAAAGCACUAACGGAUCUAAUAUUUCGCAAGGGAAAACCAACCCUUACGAUGUUCAUGCUAGAGACUUAAAUAAUUUGGAGGAAAAGAACCAAAACACAUCAGCUGAAGCAUUAAAUUUGGAGCUUUGCGGAAUUCUCGAAGCAGCUUACUGUAGUGAAACAUCAGUUCCUUUUACUGCACGUGACAUUCGCCUGGUAGAUAAUGAAACCAUUUCACUUAAUCAGGAAAAUAAUGUAAAACAUGACAAGGAAGAAAGUGAACGAGUUGUGGCUGAAACAAAUUCUCCUUUGACACUCUUGGAGUGCUUUGAAUCACAGGAAAGUGCAAAGAGAGAAGAGAAACGACCGGAGUCUAUCGAGUGUGUGCCACUCUCCUCAAAGAGAGUUGAUGAUUUUGUUGGUCCAGUUAGCACUGAGGGAACUGUAGAUGUUUUACCUUGUGUGAUUGAACAUGAACUAGGUUUGUCAUCGGUAGACGAAAUCUCUGGGGCAGUUGAAACAACUGCAGAAAAAGGGAACACUGAAGAUGCAGUGCUCGUCCAAGAGAAAUAUGUUUUCACAGACGAGAAUUUCCAAAGAAGAAAUAUCACGCAUGCUUUUCAGAGUUUAAUUCACUUAGAAAGCGAAAUUACAGACUUGGAAAACGUAAGUCGUGAUGCUCAGACAGAUCUUACCGGGCAGACUUCAACCCGAACAGAAACUGGUGGAAGCUUAGAACUGGAUUCUCUGGAUUCUCUAGAUAAGGCCAAAGUUAAAAAAAUCGAAAAAGGAAAUCCUGCGGUUAUCUUCACUGAAAACGAACGGUCCGCGGUGGAUGUCGCAUCAGAAAGGUCUGAAAGAACAGAAAAUAACAGUACAUUAAGGUCAGCUUGUGUUUUUUCAGCAAAUGAAGAAAUACUAGAGACGACUUCACAGGCUAUUUGUGGAAGAGAUUGUCAAGUUAACGACACAUCAUUCACAAGUCAAUCCGUUAUUGUCACCACAACUACCGAAACAACUAAGGGUAUAAAAGAAAUCUCAUCUUCUUCUUCCUCUCCUAUCUGCUCUGUGCGAGACUUCCAGCUUAAAGGAAGUAUCUACAGGACUUAUUUAAACAGUGCAAGCGAAACUGACAGUAUCUUCCAGAAUGCGAUGGAAAAAGUCACCCAGCUAGAACCCUUUUACAAAGCUGAAGAAGAUGAAUUCCCAGAAUCGCCAGAGAAUCUUUGCAAUUGUAGAUCCUCUACCAAGAAUAGUAAAGGGGACUUAAUUUCUCCCGCUACUUGUGAUGUGGCUAGUACUGAAGAGGACAAGAUAGACAGGGAAGCAGGGACUGUCUUUAACGCCACUUCAGAGUAUCGGAAGAUUGGCCAUCUGACGUACAGGUGCAAAGUUCCGUCUUUGCAAUGUGGGGCAAAGCCUGUUGCCGAUGAACAAAGGAAAGAAGAAAAAGGAGUUUCUAUCCCAAAAGAGACGAAUAAAUCUAAGGAGGUUCAGGGUGAUGAUAAGGAAGAAGGUGAAAUUACUUCCGAGGAAGAAGGCGCUUCAGAGAAUCAAAGGCAGAGUGAAAAAGGUAGAGAAGAAGGUGAACUUUCUUCUUCUGAUUCCGAUCUAGAGGCGGCUCUUGAUGCCUCUUCACAGGGAACCCAAAAAACAGCUCGUUGCAAAAGUAAAGUGAGUGAAGGCGAAUGUGAAUUGAGAAGAAUAAAAAAAGACUUGUGCUCAACAAGGCGCCAGUCGUCAACUGAAUUGCGCCAGAAAUCAUCUAAAGAAAAGUCCAGAAAACCUGGAAAUUCAGGAUGUGAUGGAGGAGCCUCUUUGUCUUCCACUAAAAACUCAGAUUUGAGGACAAAGUUAGGUCAAAUAAGAAAAAAGCGAUCAAUUUUAGUCUGUGGCUCUCCCGAUAGUGGCACUCAUGAUCGUCUCCGUGGAACACAAUCAGCUGAAAAUCAGGGAAAUCUGGAAAAAGUUAAACAAGAUGGCUUUAAAGCUGUGAAUCAAACGAGCAAAAAGGAAGUUACAUUGAGCGGAUCUUCUCAGACAAAGAGGAGACAAACAGGAAAGCAUUUAAGAGGAAGUGGGUCUUCCGCUGAUUGUAACCCAGUGAGUAAUGGACAAAGGAACCAUGUAAGAGGAAAGGAGGAAAUAAAUAAAGAAAGAAAAAGCAUUUCUCUACAGGACGAUGAUGAUAGAACAAAGAACAAAGUUAGACACACAAACUCAAGACGCAAAACUGAGGGUCGUUCUCACAACUCCCAGCUUAAGUCGAAUAAAACUGCUCCAAAUUCUUCACCCGAGUCAAAAUUUAAGGAAAACGGAGGGAAUUCACGCAGUUUUGAAAGUCAUAAACCAAAAGUUAAGGCAAAGGAAUCGACAGUCACUCGUGGCUCGCCGAUAUUGAAGAACAGUUACAUCAAAGAAGAUAAGAAACUAGCGAAAGAUUCUGAAACUCUCGAGCAGAAAAUGAAAACUAAAGCAUGUUCCCAAGUAUCAGUCUCUAAACGUUUACCUAAACAUGUUAGGAUGCAAGAUCCGAAGAGUAGGGACUCAAAUGGGAAGCGUGCUCAUCGAAACAACGACGUAGUUAAUCACUUAUCGGAUUCAUCCGACGGGAGAAGCUUAGGGCGUCCUUUGGAGAGUGAGACAAAAGCCGUUGUCUCGACUCAUGCUAAGUGCAAUAGUGGGAGUGAUAAACACGGUCGUAAGAUGGCAAGCUCACGUGUCUUAAGUUCACAACCCAAAGAGCAAAGUAAGUCUGCGAGUAAUCUUAAAGUGAGAGACGAAUCAAAACGAAUGAUAGCUAAUGCGGUAAAACAGCGGAACGACAAUAGAAAGGGGGAAUUGAAACAGGUUAAGACCACAGUUAAGGUUUCUCCACGAAAGGCGUCCAGAAAGAUUGCUAAAAACGUUAUUGCAAAUUUUGCCUCUAAAACUAAAGUUCAACUUGAACGUGGUGAGACGGGAAGUACCAGGAAGCGGAGAACUAGUAAUGACACGGAACUGCACCAUGCCAAGAAACUGCGUCGGGAAUCGGAAGAGAAAGGUCGGUCAAAACUUCCAAUGGAGGCUUCAAAAUUUGAGAUUCCCCUGUCUAACUUGAAACGUGGCGAGAAUGACAUAAAGAGCGGAUAUACAGAUAAUUCCCAGAAAAGCAUCGAUGGACUACACAGCCCUCAGCUAAAAACGGUUAUAAUUGGUCGUAACAAGUGUUUGGUGUUUAAACAUCGUCAUAUUAACCAGCUGUUUCUCAGAGGAGAUAAUGUUGUCAUGGUAGCUUACGCAAAGUGAUGUAGAUGAUUGACUCUUACGUUGACUCUUACGUUGAAGUGUAGAAAAAUUAUUAAUUAAGCGGACAUUAAUGAAAUAUGAAACUGGAUUCAGCCCAAGUAAUAUUUAAGGUAAAGAUAUAACACACGCAUGCGUCUUUUUCACUGUUAGGAGAGGGGAAUGGUUCAAAAUCGCAACAAGUUUCUUGCUCGUGUGUUUUUGUUAUCUUUUUUUGCAGACCCUGACUUUACACAAUGUUUACUACCAUUUAAGUUAUUUUAACUGACUGACCAUUAGAAACCUCUCAAUGAUUUUUGUAAGUCGCAAAAUGUGAACACUAAAACAUGAGAAUGUUUACGUUAAGGGAGUGCCCAACAAAAACUGCAGCACUAUAGAUUUCAUCUUUGGUUUUUGCUGGCUUUCUUAGCCUGUAACUUCACAAAUUGAUGGUUUUGUGCGUCUUUAAAUAUAGUUAUUCAUUAUCGAAAGUAUGCACCGAAAAUACUUACGCUUUUUGAUCGCGCGCAGUAACUGAAUGAACACACUUUGUAGUUCAAGCAGUGAAACGAAGCGCUUACUUCGGACCAAAUUAGGAUUAUUUGUAAAAUGAACGGCUUCUUGAGUACGAGAUUAAUUUUCGAAAGAAUACCAAUCCGAAGUGUUACACCAAAAACGUUAUACCAACCCUUAAAAAAUUGAAGAAUUUGUCCGAACAGUGAGUAGAUGAGGUUGUUACGUAAAACACUAAAGAGGUCUGCACCUGCUAUUUAUUAGUUCUCUAUUUAUUUGCAGACUCAGAAGGGAAAGACAAUCGUAUGAAGUUUAUCUCAGCUCCGGUAACAAAUAAAAAAUGUGCGUCUAUAUGGAAAAGGCCAAAUAAAUUAAAGAAGAUGACGUGA